GUCGUCAUCUGCGAGCGACAAGCGUUUGAAGAAUAGCGCUGUAAUUUGGUAUAUGACUAUUGUUUACACUACAGCCUGAGAGAGGAAUGAACGAAGCCCAGUCGAUGCCGCAGGGUCUUUCUGCAGCCUGGGACACAGUGACAUCUGCACUGGUGUCUCCUGUGCCACCAAAUGCUUCUACUGAUAAGGUUCUCUCUGAAGCCUUGGCCCUGCUGGGUGUACAUGGACUGGGUCAGUAUGUGGAAGGUUGGCUGCUUGAGACUCUGCAGGUGCGUUUGACUACUUCUGUUGCACCAGACUUCUGGACGGGGCUCAAGCAGCCAGAGGGGGAGUCACAGGAGAGAGACAGGGCAAAGGCUUUAAUAGAAGCCUUCCAAAACCUUCUCCAAGAGCUGCAACCUUUCCUUGAUGGUCUUGAGAGACUGGGCUCAUGGCAGGAUGAGGGUCGUGGAGGUCUGUCUGGUCCAGGGGCCUGUGGUCUGACAGAGAGAGCUUUCUCUGUCAUUCGUGCCAUUCUUCUGUUCUCUCCUCCACCUGUGCUGCAAGAGCGUGUGUUAGAGUUUUACAGCCGCACAUUCUCCGUACACAUGAGUCAGGCCGGGGAAGCAGUGGAGGCUGAGGAGGGCCAUGAUGAAGGUGGUUUGUGCCCAGGCUGUGCCGUCCUCCCUCACCUGUGUUGGUGUCAGGAAGCUCUAGAGCAGCUUCAAGGGCUCAGCCACAUACUCUCCACACUACAGCUGUUGGAGCGUGUGAGCUCAGAGGCCGUGACCAGCAUCUUGCACCAGCUGAUAGAGAAGAGGAUGGAGCAGCGCUGCAGGGGAGAAUACGAAAGCUCUUUUCUCACAGACUUCAAUGAUUGGUUGGGGCAGGUUUUGGGAUGGCUGAGUAGGGUGUUUGCCAGUAAGGUGCAAGAGGUAGGCAGUGAUGCCACACCUACAGAAGGCACAGGGGGUCAGCCAACCAAUGCUCUCCUCCAGCGCUGGCACUGUCACAUGCAGCAGUUCUUCUGCCGUAUCUAUGUAAACAUGAGAAUCGAGGAGCUCUUCAGUAUCAUACGAGAUUUUCCAGAGUCUAUUCCUGCUAUUGAGGAUCUUAAGUUCUGUCUUGAACGGACCAAUCAGAGACACCGUGGAGAUGUGGAACCCCGCUACCACGAUGGAGCUCGUCGAGGCAAUGGAGUUGGUGGAGGUGGCCCUUCAAGGAGUUGCUUGGGAUCGAGCACCGCCGUUUCCCCGGAGGGUGGUCCAGGAGCAACAUGUGCCGGAGGGCAUCUCGCAACCAUUAAGCAGGCCAGUGGCUCCCGGUCCGCGGGAUGA